UGCUCCAUUCCACAGUCUGACGCAGCGGUCUCAGCAACAUGUCUGGUCGUGGAAAGGGAGGCAAGGGGCUUGGAAAGGGGGGUGCCAAGCGGCACAGGAAGGUGCUCCGGGAUAACAUCCAGGGCAUCACCAAGCCCGCCAUCCGCCGUCUGGCUCGGCGCGGGGGCGUCAAGCGUAUCUCGGGGCUCAUCUACGAGGAGACCCGCGGGGUGCUGAAGGUGUUCCUGGAGAACGUGAUCCGGGACGCCGUCACCUACACCGAGCACGCCAAGAGGAAGACGGUCACCGCCAUGGACGUGGUCUACGCCCUUAAGCGCCAGGGCCGCACUCUCUACGGCUUCGGCGGCUAAAUCCUUACAUCCCUUAACAAAAUAAAGGCCCUUUUUAGGGCCCCCCAAA